CGCUCAUUUGGUUCAGUUGCGCGGUUUGCCCAAACGAACAGCUUGAGUAGUGUAAAAUAGCACAUGCAUGUCACUAUUCUGUGUUGUUUUAUAUUACGCUUAUACAUCCGUGUUUAGAAGAGUUAUUUUUCACACCCAGCCCAACACAGACUACUACUGCAACACCGAAUCUCGAGCUUGAAAUUCAGCGCGUGGAGUUCUGAAACGCCUGACUCCUUUGUGUAAGACCCUUGCGUCACGAGUGACGUAUACGGAAAUAUAAACAAUAACAACUGAGCUUCUGAGGAAACAGAAACCUAAGCUAAAUUAUUAUGACAGUAUUGGGGUAUUAUUGCACUUAAAUUGAGGUAACUAUGUGUACAUUGGUGGUCAGAUCAUAAUAAUUACAUGAAUAACAAUGACAAUAAAUACAUUUUGAAAUCUCGCCAAACAGGCACAAAAUAAUAAUAAUAAUAAUCGGUGUAAAGUUGCAUCGUCGUUCGAUAUUCGAUAGUAAAGAUAGGUCCGAAUUUUACUAUAUAGAAUAGAGCAGCUCGUUCAUGUAUCUAGCUUAUAAUAUGCUAUGUUUAGACACCAGUGUUAAAGAUGCCAGUUGAUACCGUUUUAUAUUGGAUAUACAUUGCGUGAGCACCGCGAUCCUAAAACAAUAGCACAUUUUGGUCCAGCUCUUUGGUACAAAAGCCUGUCUGGGUCCAGCCGUCUGCUGCUGUUUAUGCCUUUGCCACAGAUGCAUUGCUCCGUAACUGACAAGUGUGUUCAGCAUGUUCAGCAAAUGUGUCCCAAAAACAAUGAUGAGGAAUCAUGCGAGGAGGAGAUGGACACAACUGAGCCUAACUGGCAUUGGUUUUACCUGGCUGAAUGUGGAGUGUGGCACAUGUUUGAGAUUGAUCCCAGUGCAGGAUGCUCGGUGACCAGCGAACAGAUUGAAGCAAAUUACAACAGGAAUCAGCAUGGUUCCAUGGAUUUCUAUACACCUAAAUAUAGCUACAGAUUAGACUUUUCAGUUAUGAAGCAAAUCAAUGUCACAACUGGAAAACAGAGACCAAUAAAAAGGGCUCUACAUUCUGCCACUGGAUUUAGAUUUAUCUGUGAUAACCUGGCUCUGCCAGUCCCUUGUCACUGGGAAAGAGUUAACACAGAUGAGCCAUACCAGCUCAUCCCUCUGUGCAGAGACACAUUUGAAUACAAAGAGGUGGCCAGGCUGUAUGAGAGGACAAUGUCUCAACCUAUAAAAUCCAUUCAGAGGAUACAGAACCUGGAUCUGUGGGAGUUUUUCUGCAGGAAAAAGGCCCAGCUGAGAAAGAUAAAACGUAUUAUAGAUAUUGAUGAGAGGAUGCUGUUUCAUGGGACAGGUCACAGUAACCUCCAGGCUAUUUGCACAUACAACUUUGACUGGCGACUUACAGGAAGUCAUGGUGACGUCUAUGGAAAAGGAAGCUAUUUUGCUCGUGAUGCCAAAUACUCCAGUAAGUUCUGCCACUCCACCAGCAAGCAUAACUUCACGCUGCAGAGACACGGCCUGGCACCGCCCAUAUUCCAGAGUGACCCGCCGUAUAAGUGCAUGUUUCUGGCACGGGUGUUAGUAGGGGAAUACACAGUAGGUCACCCACACUUCUGUCGCCCGCCUUCCAAAGACCUGAGCAUUGCCAACUUCUUUGACAGCUGCGUGGACGAUAUGGUUAACCCGAAGAUCUUUGUAAUAUUUGACAGCAACCAGAUCUAUCCUGAGUACCUUAUCGAAUUCUACUGAUGAAGAGGCAAAGGACAAUUUGGACUAGUUAUUUAUUGAAGCCACAGGAAUGGUUGCUUCAAAUAAAAACAGCAAAGCCGUGGUUUGAAGAGCCAUGACUUCCCUGUGUGUCAGUGCCAAAGUUAAGGUGUGUACAUGCCUGUGAUGAUAAUGACUCACAUAAGACAGGAAACGUGGGGUUCAAAAACAUACUAGUGAGUCCCAGCUCCAGUUCCUGAGGGCUAGAGUCAAGCACAGUUUGCCCCUUUCUCAGCAUUAAUAUAUUCACAUUUCCUUCCCAGUUUGGUCAGGCAAAUUCCCACCCACUAGCUAACUCUCCCCUAUCACUAACCAGCUACCAACAUUGAGGGUGGGGCAAACGUGUGCUUUAUCCAAGCCAACCUCCUCAUGUUUUCACUGCUGUUCAUACUAUGUCCCAGGGCAGCAGAACACACUCAGAGGAAAGCUUUGCUGCCCUCUUCUGCAUACAUGACACCAUAGACACCCAUAGUGUCUGUGUGAUUGACAGGGGAGAGAGAGUAUGCCAUUCUUCCCACCCAGAAAGUAUGGCAAGUUUUGCUCUCUUGACUCCCGUCCAUGGAUGACUGUGGCAUCAUCGGGAUUAGUACUUGUGAUCACAGAUGAUAGGUCACAUACUUUUCUGUUGCACCACUUAAGGAGCCAUAUUCACAUUAUAUUCACGACUUACAGAAACGUUUUGUGGUGACCACUGAAAACAUAUUGUUAUGAUUGUAUAAAUAUGUCAGUGUCUACUCAUGCAAGUCAUCACUUAAUUAGUAGGAGCAGGGAAAUAAGCAAACUGCUGAGCUCUGUUCAGAACUGGAGUUGUGCACCUCUGACAUAGACUGUGAAUCAUAUUCUAUCCAUGCUCUUAUUUGGGCUGCACAAUAAUGGCUAUAAAGAUCAUUGUAGUUAUUUUGCUCAAUACUGAGGUCAGAAUAGCACUGCAUGGCACUGUAUGUGGAUGCCUGACCAUUACACCCAUAUGUGCUCCUUCCCUGAACUGUUGCCACAAAGUUAGAAGCACAAAUUGUAUAAGUUGUCUUCGUAUGUUGUAACAUUAAGAUUUCCCUUCACUGGAACUAAGAGGCCUAAACCUAUUCCAGCAUGACAAUGUCCCUGUGGACUAUGCAAGCUCUAUGAAUACAUGGUUUGCCAAGGUUGGAGCAGAACUGAAUGCCAAGCCUCCUCACCCGAUAUCAAUACCUGACCUUACUAAUGCUUUUGUGGCUGAAAAGACACAAAUCCCCACAAUCAAGUUCCAAAAUAUAAUUUGAAGCCUUCCCAGAAGAAUGGAGGUUAUUAUAACAGCAAAGGGGGGACAAACUCUGGAAUGGGAUUUUCAGCAAGCACAUAUGGGUGUGAUGGUUAGGUGUCCACAUACAUUUGGCAAUAUAGUGUAUAAUCAGAAUUACAUUAUAUUUUUAUUAUUUUAUAUCAUUAUUUCAAAUCAACACAAAUAAGUCAGAUCUACCUCCAAAACCUCAAAUGGCAACUUUUUUUACUUCCUUAAAAGGGCCCUAUCUUGUUAUCUUGUUAGCUGGUCUGAUGCAUGAUGCACAUUAUUUAAAUGAAUUCCCAUGUGGUACUGUAUGGUCAGUCCACAAAAAAGGGAACAGAAAUGGAAAGUGGAAGUGUUGGAGAUAAUAGUGAAAUAAGGAUGACAAUAGUAAGCCAAAAGGGAUAGUUUCACUUUCUCACAAUCAGAGUUUGUCAAUCAGUUUGGACCAUAAUAUUAUUAAUUAAGCUUUCUUGUUUUGCCAGCAGUUGGCCUUUUUUUUUAGUUAGGACAUACUGUAUGAAUAUUACUGUUUGUGUGGUGGUCCGGGAAAACCUGGCACUGUGGCUGAAUUCUGGAGUUGUCCAAAUUAUUAUUAUUUAUUUAAAAUAAAUUUUAUCAUACAUUGACGCCUAAAGAAACCAUAAAAUCAUGUUGUUUUACAGUUAAGAAAAAACAACAUGAAAAUCUUUUUAAUCUUGCCAAGGCUUUCUUCCCUCAAAGCUCAUAUUGGUUAAGGAGCCAAUAAAAAAUUGUGAUGGUAAAAAUAGUCAAUAUAUCUAAAACCUUGCUAGGCAAGUGUGAUUUCCUUACACAGUGAAAGUCAAGCUUUGAAUAAGUUGUUGGAUUAGUGAUUACACAUGUCCUAUCAUCAAGAAUUCUUUAUGAGAAGUAUUUACCUUUGCAGCAUUUGGCAGACGCCCUUAUCCAGAGUGACUUACAUUUUUUCAAUUAUACAACUGAGCAGUUGAGGGUUACAGACCUGGCUUAAGGGCCUAGUACUGAAUUCAGAACCUUCCAUUCAGUAGUCCAAUGUCUUAAGCACGGAUCUACCAGUGCCCUAGCCACUUUAAUAAUUCUUAACUAUACUGCUAAUUAUAUAAUUAUAAUUAUUACCACUGUAAGAAAUAUAUGUCUUAAAGUGUCACUAAUGGUUUGUUGCUUUUUAACCUACGUAGAUUAGGUUACAAAUGUAGAGGUAGGUGGCUAUUUCCUUGCGCCAGCCUGUCAUCUUAGGACAAUAUUAAAACGGGUUGACAAAAUUCCAACUGUAAUAUUAAGGCCUCAUAAAAUUUAUACUGUACUGUGCAAAAGUUUUAGGCACAUGCAAAUAAAUGCUGUAGAGCAAAGAUGCUUUCAAAAUAAUUAAAUUAAAUGUUUCUACAUAAAAAAAAAAAAUACCAUGAAGAGCAGUAACCAGUAGUAAAUUAAACAAAGUCAAUAUUUGGUGUGACAAAAAUAAUAAAAUAGUAGUCUCCGGUACAAUUAGUGUAGUUUUUUAAGGAAAUAAGUUGUAAGUUUUAUUGAGCAUCUUACAGAAACAGCCGCAGUCCUUCUGGAGACUUUGACCAUCGCACUUGCUUUUUAUUUUUGCAGCAAAACCCAGCAGCCUUCAUUGUGUUUUUUUUUUGAAAAGUGACCUCUUAUGUAAUACACUGCUUUCUUUAAUGACAUAAAAAUAUUUUACUGUAAUAUUUAAUUUUGUGCUAAAAAAAACUAAUGUUUGGGAAUCUAAUAUGUUUUUGUAAUGACUCGAUAAUGUCGAAGUCAUAAAAUAAAAAUUCUCUAACAAAGCUUGUACUAAAAAAAUAGGGCACCUAAAGCUUUUGCACAGUACUGUAUAUCUAUAAAGAUAGACAUAGUUUUCAUGGACAUAUUUAUCAUUAGUAAUAUUCUUUUUCUAUAGCUUAAAAAAACAGAAUUUUAAAUGUGAUUUUGUCCAUGUUUGGGGGUAACAUGUUUAAAAUUCCAGAACCUUACUUAUGGUUAAAUUAACGCAAGACAGAAAGAUAUUUCCUUUAAGGAACACCUAUAGUUUUUACAACUAUAUAUUGUAGAAAAAGCUCAACAUUCUUAAAAAUCAACUGAAGGGUUUUCCCAGGCUACCACACAUUUUUGAUUGUCUUGUGAGUACUAAUACUGAUGGGCUAUAUUACUUCAGAUGUAUAUCUUAAAUAUCUGAGUCAAAAUAAUAUUGGUCACAUUAAAUGAGUGCAGGCACAUAGCUGCUUUAGUUAAACUCUCCAAUAUUAUUGUCAAUUAGCUUUCACAGAGGAACCCAAAAAUCGUGACCACGAUUUAAGUAUUAUCAUUAUUAUUAUUGUGCAGCUCUGUUUUCCAUAUAAUUUUAUAUAUUUUUUGCAUUUCAUCUACCUCACCAUAAUUCUACCUCAUGCAUGCAAUUCUGCACAUUUUUGUUAACCUCAUUUAAGGAACUGUCAUACUGUUUGGCAGUAAAUGAAAUGGUGGACUUUUUCCACUGUUGAUCUGCUGUUCAAAAAUAUCUGCUCUGACUGGCACAGGAGAGCAAAGCAAACAAACCAUGUUCUUAAUCACUUUCUUUUUUUUUUCUAUUUUCAGCCUAAAAAGUGCCUCUUUCCGACCAUUUUUUGGCUGUGAAUUAUCUGUGGCAUCACAAUGUUAACUAUGUACAGUAUAUACACUAUAUGGGCAAACGUUUGUUGACACCUGACCAUCACACCCAUAUGUGGGUCUACCACAAAGAGUUUCCACAAAGUUAGAAGCAGACAAUUGCUUGUGUAACUGUCUUUGUAUGCUAUAGCAUUAGUUUCUGUUCACAGGAACUAUGUGAUCCAAACUUGUUCCAGCAUGACAGUGCCUCUCACCUGCCAUCAGUGCCAUAUCUCGGUAAUGCUCUUGUGGCUGAAUGGGCAAAUUCCCACAACCACACUCCAAAGUCUAUUGCAAGACCUUCCAAGAAGAGUGGAGAUCAUUAUAACAGUAAAAGGUACUAAAUCUGGAAUGGGAUGUCCAGCAAGCACAUGUGACUGUUCUUGGCAGGUGUCCACAAACCGUUGGUCAUAUAGUGUACUUGCUUAAUCUCAGCUAAAUUGAUUGGUUUUAUUUUACAUUAAUGAACUCAAGAAACAUUCUCUACUGAGAACCUUGACAGAAAGCAAAGACAUCAAUACAUCUUUCAAGCAGAAAAAUUGAGUCAUGAUGAAAGCACUGGCCAAAACAUUACUAAUGUUAGGAUGGGGCAAAUGAGCAGAGGUCUUUUACACAAAGUGUGUUGAACAAACUAAGAAUUAAUUAAGGUUAAUAGGUUUCAUCCAUCCAUUUUCUGUACUGCUUAUCUUACACAGGGUCACAGGGGACCUAGAGCCUAUCCCAGGGGACUUGGGGCACAAGGCAGGGUGCAAUCACACACACAUUCAUCAGACAAUUCAUACACUACAAACAAUUUGGAAAUGCCUAUCAGCCUGCAACGCAUGUCUUGGGACUGGGAAACAGUACCUGGAGGAAAUCUCUGAUGCAAACUCCACACACACAGGGCAGCAGUAGGACUCGAAUCCUCAACCCUGGAGGUGUGCGGCAACCAUGCUAACCACUAAGCAAGAAAUUAUUAUGCAGAAAUAUUUUAAACCUACAGAAUUUUAAACGUACAUUAACCAAAGCUCGGGAACAUAGCUGGUUGUGUAAAUGCAUAAGUUUAUUUUAUAGGCUCACAAUGAGAAUAAACUGAUUGAAAACUUAUAACCCAAACAUAUUUUAUGUAAUUUUAUUUAAUUGUUUAAAGUAAAUAUUAAUAUAAAAUAAAUAUCAAUCUGUGAAAAUAUAUUAGGAAUAAUUCCACCGCAUGAAAAUAUGCACUACUUGCAAAGAAACGCAAAGCAAUACGGUUUGCGGUACAGUAAGAGCGUGGCUUCGGCAUGUCAGAUUUUUAAUGUCUAGCUCAAGAAGAAUGUCUGGCUCAUCUAUAAACCAUCUAUAGUUUAUAGAUAAACUAUACCAUCUGCUGAAAAUCGAUAUCUUUCUUAUGUAUGGUCAUCUGAAAAAGCCAGGGGAUUGUGCCUGUCCCUAAAAGUGCUUUCACUUUGAAGAGCCUUAUUAUUUGUGCUCCAAGCUCCACAGGAUUCUCCACGGUGAAGCCAUCGCAACAAACACUAAAGGGUUAACUUUGAUGCAUCAGAUUUACAGUGCCCUCCACUAAUAUUGGCACCCUUGGUAAAUAUGAGCAAAGAAGGCUGUGAAAAAUUGUCUUUAUUGUUUAACCUUUUGAUAUUUUGUUUAAAAAAUUCACAAAAAAAUACUCUGCUCUCAUGGAUAUCAAACAAUUGCAAACGAACCACAAGUUUAUCAAAAAAGAUCUUUGUUAAAUAUAUGUGUCUGGCAAACUGAAGACAUUUGAGUUUGUUUUUGGCUGAGAGUAGAGGCUUUUUCUUGAAACCCUUCCAAACAACUUGUGGUGAUGUAGGUGACUUCGGAUUGUAGUUUUGGAGAUUUUCUGACCCCAAGACGCAACUAAUUUCUGCAAUUCUCCAGCUGUGAUCCUUGGAGAUUUUUUGGCCUCUCGAACCAUCCUCUUCACAGUGCAGUGAGACUAUAUAGACACACGUCCAAUUCCAACUUGAUUAAUAACAUUUCCAGUUGACUGGACCUUCUUAAUUAUUGCCCUGAUGGUGAAAUGGGCAUUUUCAAUGCUUGUGCUAGUUUCUUAUAGCCACUUCCCAUUUUGUGAAGCUCAACAACCUUUUGCCGCACAUCACAGAUAUAUUCCUUGGUCUUACCCAUUGUUAUGAAUGACUAAAGGAAUUUGGCUUAUGUGUUACCUCAUAUUUAUACCCCUGUGAAACAGGAAGUCAUGGUUGAACAAUUUCCUGUUCCUAGUUACCAGGUGUACAAAAAAAAAUUAAAAUAUCAAUGGGAAUAUACUUCAAAUAUAUUUUUUUCAUAUGAAUUCAUAGGGGUGCCAAUAACUGUGGCAUACAUACGUUAACAAAUUUAAUGAUAUUUCUUUUUUUGAUAGACCUGUGUUUUGUUUGCAAUUGUUUGAUAUCCACGAGGGCAGAGUAUUUUUGUGAAUUUUUUAAACAAAAUAUCAAAAGGUUAAACAAUAAAGACAAUUUCUCACAGCCUUUUUUGCUCAUAUUUACCAAGGGUGCCAAUAUUAGUGGAGGCCACUGUGUAUCACUUUGCUCACAGCUGAUUGGUGCAAUCUGGGUUUGCGAUUUCUUACCCAGAAUAAAACCUGCUCCAGAGCAGGUUAGCUAUGUAAUAUAAGUUACCGUGGUGAUGAAAACCAAUAAAAAUUAGUCCACCUUGAUGAGACGUUUUGAAACGUUCUUGAAACGUCUGGGUUACCCAUGUAACCCUGUUCCCUGAAAAGGGAACGAAACGCAUGAGCUAUUUAUAGGCCUGCCGUGAUUAGGUGACAUGGCAAUUAAGCGCAUCACAUGAUGUAAAAAUGACACCUGUGAACCGUGCCAUCAGGCUUAGUAUCUGAAGCGAAGAUGCAAUUCACAGGCAUGGCCCAGUAUGACAAAGCUACGCAACGUCUUGUUCCCUUCUCAGGGAACAGGGUUACAUGCGUAACCCAGACAUUCCCUUUCAAAUUUCACUUUGAAAAGGGAAAAGAGUUUACUCAAACUAAACGCAAACUCACCUUGGCAACCACCAAAACCGAUUUUGUGAAAUAGGCCUCAGGGUGUGAAGUGUCGGUUCAACCACCUACACAAAUGACAAUCAUUCCAGAAUAAUUUCUCAUUGUCUCAUGUAAUAUUUUACUACGGAAGUCAUCUCUUUCAGCAUUUUUUUGAGUGAAAACCCAUACCAGCGUAAUUUGAUGUUAAAAUUCUGAUCUGUGUGAAGGUUGGCAGGUCUGUUAAAUACUGUUUCCCAAGUCUGCUACUGAAGUCAUCAUGUAAUGCACAUUUUAGUGUUUCCCUCAUAGAAUUUUAACUGCAUGAAGAGGUUUGUUAAUGUCCUUAUCUUGUUAAUGGGCUGAUGAGUUGGGUCAUGUGUAUUAGAGAAACACACUGAAAUGUACAUUAUAGAAAAGAAUUAGAACAGAGUAGUCUAUGACCACUCUCCUUUAAGAGAUAUUCUGCUUUAAUAACCACUUAUCAAAUGGAUGGACUAGUGCUGAGCUAUUGGUAACUCAGUGGUUAAGGUUUUGUGUUAGUAACCAGAAGGAUGUGAGUUCAUAUACUAGGACUCCCAGAAAGGCUCUGCUGAGCACCUAAGCAAGACCUUUAACCCUGCUUGGUUCUGUGUUUGGAUUAACGUUGGCCUCACUUGGUAGUCACAUAAAAUAGAAAACUUGUUUUAGUGUACAUGGAGAGGUUCUUGAAUAUGGUUACACAGAUAUUACAUAAGAAAAACCGCAUGGUGUCUAUAAAAGUAAUAACUGUAUACACUGUAUAGUCUGCUACAGAAUUAUUGGCACCUUCCCUACAAAUGUGCAAAAGUAAUUGAAUAAUUAAUAACAUGCAAUUAGUACAUUUUAUUUUGACAUAUUAUUUGUUUAAACAUGAAAAGUAGUGCAUUUUGUCACACUGGUUUGAAAAUUAUGGGCACCACUCAUAUAUACACCAAUCAGCCAUAACAUUAAAACCACUGACAGGUGACGUGAUUAUCUCGGUAUAGUGGCACCUGUCAAGGGGUAGGGUUUAUGAUUACUGCAGUCAAAGAUGUUUGAUUUUGCUGCUGCUUUAAAAAAAAAAAAAUUGCAAUGCAAUUUGCAGAGUUUUUUGUGAUUUUUUUGUGGAAAACUACUCGGAUUGGCAAAAUUGCAAUUGCACAAAAUUGCAGUCUUUUGCAGUGAUGUUUGUUGGCAAAUGAGACCUUUUAGCUGUACUCAUGUUUGACGCACGUGAAUCAAAGGGGGCUUUGGCUGAAUGUACGUUGUGAUGAUGUCACAUGAUGUGUCUUGGGCCAAAUCUGUGGAAAAUCUGUGGUAAUUUUGAAAAAUUGCAAGUGAAUAUUGUGGAGUUUCCUUGAUUUUGUGUUCAUUUCUGUGAUCACGGAAUCCUGGAGGGACUGAUUAGGCAGCAAGCGAAUAGUUAGUUCUUGAAGUGGAUGUGUUGGAAGCAGGAAAAAUGGCAAAAGGAUCUGAGCGAAUUUGACAAGGGCCAAAUUGUGGUGGCUAGAUGACUGGGUGUUUUGGGGUGUUCCCAGUAUGCAGUAGUUAGUACCAACGCACAUGCUUACCUGGGGUUAGCACCAGGAUGCAUUAUGGGAAUGAGGCAAGUUGGCAGAGGUAGUGUGAUGUGGAUUGUGGAUGUUAGUUUGACACGUACCGCCUACCUAAACAUUGUUGCAGACCAAGUACACCCCUUCAUAGCAAUGGUAUUCCCUAAUUUCAGUGGCCUCUUUCAGCGGGAUAAUGCGCCCUGCCACACUGCAAAAAUUGUUCAGGAAUGGUUUGAGGAACAUGAUAAAGAGUUCAAGGUGUUGCUUUGGCCUCCAAAUUCUAUGAGAUGUGCUGGACAAAGUCUGAUCCAUCGAGGCCCCACCGCUCAACUUACAGAACUUAAAGGAUCCGCUGCUAAUGUCUUGGUACCAGAUACCACAGUGCACCUUCCGAGGUCCUUGCCUCAAAGUGUAAGAGCUGUUUUGGUGGCACAAGGUGCUGAAAGAUUUUUGUUUUUUCCUACAAUGAUGGAUGAUGGCUCAUUAGGACAUUACAGGCAACAGUGAUGUUCAGAGAAGCUGACAGCAAAGGGGGGUGGGGGUGGAUAGACUUAUAUUUGUAACUAUGUUAAAUAUUGUUUAUGGGUGUCAAUAAUUUUGCCACAAAAAGAAAUAUGUAUGAGGAUGUGAUUUUUGCUAAAGGUGAGUAGUUUUUCCAAUUCAAGGGGAUUUAAAUCAUCGUGUGUAGUUUUUCUCUUUUUAAUAAAAAGAUGCCAAUAAUUCUGGAGUUAAGUGUAUAUAUUUGUAUAAUAGUAAGAUCUAUGGUCUUAUUUCUAUGUGUGUACAUGUUACAUAUCUCAGCUGCAAAGUAUGAACUCUGACUGUAACAAUGUGUUGUUAAGGUAAUAGUUGUUAAUGAAACAAUAGCAUCUAUUACAGUGAAAUGGUUUCGGUUGGAAAACACACAGGUGAUGUCUGCAAUAAAUGUUCCCUCCCAUCAGUGA